AUGAAGGACAUAAAAAAUAAAAUUCAUUUAAGACAUCGUUCGUUAUAUUCAUCAUCAAGUAAUGACAUUAAAAAUAAUUAUGACUAUAUAAAACAUCAACAAUUUGAUGAUACAACUGAGAAAAAAUUCAAGAGAGAUGAAUUUAUAGAAAAAGAUGAAAAUGAAAUUAAUAAGAUAAAUGUAAGGAUAAAGAAAAAAAAGUCUGUAGGAGAACCAUUUUGUAAGAAAAAUUUUAGAUAUAAAAUGAAUCAAAAUGUAAGUGAAAAAAAACAGAAAAAUUCUUUUAUAAAAAAUAUGUUAAAAAAAGCAGAAGAUAUAUUAUAUACACACAGAAUAAAUAAUAUAAAUAAUGAGAAGAAAAAGAAGAAAAAUGGGGAUACACCAUAUAAUUUAAAUUCAUUAUAUUUAUUGAAUGAAUAUUUAAAUGUUGAACCUACUAAUAAUGUAUAUUAUAGACGUAGGACACCACACGAGACAUGUCGUAGAAGUGAUUUUAAUGGUAUAAAUCUUAAACCUUUUGUUAGAUAUAAAAGUCUAAAUAUAUUAGAAAAAGAAAAAAAUAAAAAUAAGGCAAUCAUAAAAAUAUCUAAUGUAAAUCCAUAUUAUGUAUAUAAUAGGGCUCAUACAAUGAAAAAUCCUUCUCUCCAUAUAGAUUCAAGAAAUUCACAUAUAGCAAAUGAAAACGUUCCUAUUAACCUUAUGAACAAUAAUAUAAAGAAUAAUAUGAUUCAUAACCAUAAUUAUAAUGAUAAUAUUUUUGAUUCGUGUCAUCAAAAUAUGUUUAAUAAUUUUUAUGAAACUCCUACUUUUGAUAUAUAUAAAUAUCCAGAAAUUAAAAGAAGAAAUACUAUAUGUUCUAGCCAUUCAAAGUAUAAUAAUAUGUACCCACAACAUUUAAAUUUUCAAAGAGAGAAUUAUAUAUUAAAUGGAUAUACACAUAAUACAUGUCAUAAUAAUAAUAAUAAUAAUAUGGUUCGUAAUAGCUAUCCUUAUUCUAAUUGUGAGAAUAGUAAAAUAUCAAAUUAUAAUUCUUCUAAUGAUCAUAAGAAAAAAUUGAGAAAAGAAGAAAAAAAUAAAAAUACAAUUUUUAUUCAUUAUAAUAAUAAGAAAAAUAUUAAAAAGAAUGAUAGUAUAAACAAUAUAAAAGAUAAUGAUAAUAAUUCAAAUAAAAUAAGAACACAUAUAUCUAUUCCAUUAAAAAAAAAUACAAAUCAUAUGAAUCAUAAAAAGGAAUAUCAGAAGGAUAAUAAUGUUGAUUAUAGUGAUAAGGAACAUCAUUCUUUUAAGGUAGAUACAAGUAGAACAAAUAAUGUGUUACAUAAUAAUAAUAAUAAUAGAACAAAAAAAAAUUUAUAUAAUAAUAAACAAUUAUAUAAUUCAAAUGAUAAACAUAAAUCCAUUUGCACUAAUUCUUCAUAUACAAAAAAAUAUUCAAACCUUAAUAAAAGUUGUGAUGAUUUAGAAGAAUAUCCUAUUUAUUUUAAAUAUAAAAAUGAAAAACAAAAUUCUUCAAAAAAUGCCCUCCAAUUAAAUAAUCCUCUUUGUUCGAGUAAUAAAAGCAAUAAUAUAUUUAAUGAAGAGUUUAAUAAUAGUAGUUACUCAAAUAUAUGUAGAGCUAGAGAAAUGUCUGAACAAAUAUUUCAGAUUGAAAAUAAUUUACCAAAAAAAAUAAUAAAUAAAAAAAAAUUGUCAAAUAAUACAAUAUGUUGUAGAGAUGAGGAUCAUAUAAAAAAUUAUAAAAGAGAAAAUGAGGAAGAUCGAAAUUUUAAACGGUCACAUAAUAAAGUAAAUAAAAAAAAUAACAAUAAUAAUAGUAGCACCAGUAUUAUUAUUAUUAGUAGUAGAAGUAGCAGCAAUAUUAAUAAUUCAAAUGAUGACACAAAAAUGAUUAAAUAUUCCUUAUCACCAAAAAAAAAAACUCAAAUGGAAAAGAAAAAAAAAUUUAAAUAUUAUCAAGGACAUAUGAAUAAAAACAGGACAAAUAAUAAUAUUAUAUCAUCAUGUAAUAAUAUAAAGUAUGAAAAAAUAAAGAAUGAGGAAAAACAUUUAUAUCACAAGGAUAAUAAAUCUUAUGAACAAAUAAAGGAUAUGAAUUAUCCUUCAAAUUAUAAGAAUAAUAAGAUUCUACAAAAACAAUAUAAUACAUAUGAAAAGAAUGAAUUAUUUAAUGAUUCUUAUACUUUGAAUGAUAAUCAUUUGGAUACCUCAUUAAAUAGAAAAGUAAAGUAUCCAAUUUUAAAAACAAUUACAAUUAUUUCUGAUGGCAAAAAUGAAAUUAAUAAAAAAUGUAUAAGAGAUAAGGUAAUGCAAAAGGAAAAAACAGAAAUUAACUUGUGGAGUGAUAAACAAUUUGAUUCUUCAAAGGACAGUAGAUAUAUAAACGAAUUUAAUAUUUAUGAUAAUAAAAAUAAGGAAAAAAAGUAUAUGGAUAUAAUUACUGAAGAAAAUAUUAAGAAGGAUCAAAGAAAUAAUAUUAUUAGGAAGAAUAAAAAUAAAAGUAAUAGUACACAAUAUAGUAGUAGAAAUAAUUUAGAUAUACAUAAAAAUAAAAAAGAUAAAAAAGAUAAAAAAGAUAAAAAAAAUUUAUAUGAAUAUUCACAAAAUUAUUUGCAUGAUAAUUUUAAGGUUAUACAAAAUGAAAAUAGAAAAAAUAAAUAUACAACAAAUAGUUCUCAUGCUUCAGAAAUUUUGAAAAACAUUAAUGAAGUACAUAAUUUACCUAAGAGAAUUCUACAUAGUGAUAGCCAUGAUUUGCAUGAUGACAAUAAUAUAUAUCAUGGAAAUUAUUCAUCAGUUGAUUAUAAAAAGUUUAAUUCACAAGUAGAAGAAUUAAAUGAUUCAAAAAGGUUUGAUAGAAAAUAUACAGAUGAUAGUAUAAAACUAGAAAAUCUCAAAUAUGAUAAAAAUAAUAAAGAUGAAAAAUAUAAAGUGAAUAAUAUAAUGUUAGAUAACAAUACUUAUUCUCAUAUAUAUGAUAAACAAAAAAGCAAAUCAUACGUUAAUAUAAAUAACAAUGUCUUAAAUGAUAAAGAAUAUAUAAAAAAUAAAAACUCUUUAGACAAAUCCUUUUCUAAAUUAAACAGGAGCAAUACAACACACUCUAGAGAGUCAUCCAUAUAUACAUAUGAAAAUAAAAAAUUUAAGAAAAGAGAAAAAAAAACAAAAGAAACUGAAAAAAAUAAUAUAAAAAAAAACAAUUUUGAUAUACAAAGGUAUAAUGAACCUAAUGUUAAUAAAAAGCAGUUAGAAAUAAAUGACAAAUUAUAUGAACACACUUUAAAUGAAGAUAUAUUAUAUAAAAGUAAUAAUACAUUAACAUCUUCAUUUGAUGAAAAUUCAUAUAUUAAAGGAAAAAGGCAACUAAUCGAAUACUCAAAUAGUGUCAAUGAUAAUAAUAAAAGGAAUAACAGCACAAUAAUAAAAAGAAAUGAAUAUACAGAUGGAAAUACAACUAUUAGUACUAAUAAUUCAUAUACGCUACAUGAAGAUAAUAACUUUAAUCAUUAUCAUUCCAAACAUAAAAAUAUGGAAUUGCAAAAAAAUAUGUCACAAUAUAAUAAUAUUUCAGCACAUCAAAAUGUAUCACAUUUUAAAAAUAAUUUAAAACAAUAUACAAACCCAAAUUAUAAAAAAGAAAAUUAUCCAUUAGUUAAAAUAUCAAAUGGUAUAAAAAAAAAAAAAUAUAUAUUAAAUAAUAAAAGGUCUGGUAAUAUAAUAUAUAACAAAUCAUAUUAUAGUGAGGAUGAUACUAAUAGUGAAUUAUAUUCUAAUAAUACAAGUGAAGAAACAAAAAGAAAGGGUAAAGAUAUUACAUGUGUUGAGGAUCUUAACCAGUCUACAAACGACUAUAUUGAUAGUUAUAAUUCAUCAAAAUGUAUAAAAGAAAAGAGAUUUGAUAAAAUAAAAACAAAAAGGAAUAAUUAUAUUGAUGAUGAUAAAUAUAUGUAUACAUAUGAUGAUGUGGAUGAUGAUAAAUAUAUGUAUACAGAUGAUCAUGUGAAUGAUGAUAAAUAUAUAUAUACAGAUGAUGAUGUUGAUGAUAUUAUAUCUCUCUAUAGUAAUAAUAAUAAAUCAGUAUCCCAAUAUACAAAAGAGGAGGAUGAAGUAAAAGACCCAUAUAUAAGUAAUAGAAAUAAAUACAUUAAAUUAAAUAAAAAAAUGGAAGGAACAAAAGAUCAUUUAGAUAAUAAACCUUAUAAUUCUUCAAAAAUAUAUUCUUAUUCGAAGAUAAAAAAAAAAUCUAAUAUUUUAAAUUCCAAAUCAAGUGAUAAUGAAUACACAAAUAAAAUUAAGAACAAUAUAAGAAAUGAUCGAAAUAAUAUUAGUAAUAAUAAAAUUUAUAAUGAUAAGAAAUAUGAAAGGGACAAAUAUAGUGACAGUAAAUCAAGAGAAGUGAAACAUAAUAUAUUGAUAGAUAAUAUAAAUUAUGAAGAAAAAAAAAACAAAUAUCAGAGAAAUAAAAAAAGUGUUAAUCAUGAAUCAUUUUUAUCAACACAUGAAGAGAGUAAAUUUUUUAAGAACGAUAAAAAGAAGAAGGAAAAAAAUGAUAUAAGCAAAAAUAAUAGUAGAAGCAAAUCAAGUUAUAAAAAGGAAAGAUAUAUUGAUAAUAGUAAAAAUAAGAAUUCAUCACAAGAAAGAUAUGAAAAUGCAUCAGAAAGUGUAAUAAAAAAAAAGGAUGGUUGUUAUAAAAGUUUACAAACACAUGAAAUUAAUAAAAAUAUCUAUUCUUCAAAUAAAAGUAAUGAAGAAAAAAAAAGUUAUUUUUCAAGUCAAUCUAUAUUAUGUUCUGAUAAAAUGAAAAAUACUUCUACACAACAAAUAGAUGGAGAUACAAUUAAUAAAAUUGUAAAUCAUUAUGAUGAAAAAUAUAUAAAAAAUAUAAGCGAUUUAGAUAUAGAUAGAGAUAUAAGUGAAAAAGAUAAAGUAUAUAAAAAUUGUUAUAGUUUAAAAGAAAAUAAAAUGAUACAGAAGUAUAGUUGCGCUGGUGAGAAAAAUGAAGGUCAUGACAACGUAGAGAUAUUUUAUAACAAUAAUGAGAAUGAUAUAGAUAAAUAUGUAGGACAAGAAAUACAAAGAAAAGAUAACAAUAAUGAAAUGAAUAAUAAUUUUAUUUCAUCAGAAGAUAUAAAUUUUAAAAAUAAUUUUGAUACAACAGAACAGUAUAAUUAUGGAGAUAAAGCUAGUACACAAUAUAAUAUAAAUGAAGAUGAAAAAAAAAACAAUGACAUAAAUAAUAUGUGUGUUAAUACAAUUUAUAGUAAUGAAGAUGAAAAUAUAUUUGAAGAACAAAAAAAAAAAGAAAAUAUUUAUGGAAAACAAUUAAAAAAUAAGAAUUUAAUAAAAGAGAACUAUUCGUUGGAUAUUCAAAAUGAUAAAACUAAACAUAUAUAUACUUCACAUAAUAUUAAAAGUAAUAAUAAUAUAUAUAAUUAUCAGUUAAGUAGAGAUAAAUAUUUACAAAGUAAUUCAAAUAAUGAUAAAGAUAUUUCAUUUAUGAAGGACAAAAAUAUAACUUCUUUAAAUAAAAACGAUAUAAAUUGUGAUAAAGAAAAAAAUAUAAACAAAAAUAAAUAUAAUAAAUUAUUAUCCAGUGAUAUAUAUAAAACUGAUGGAAAUACAAAAAAAUUCAAGCAAAAUUGUAUUUCUAAAAUUAUUGAAGAACAAAACAAAAAUGAUCAGAAAAGUAAUUAUAAAAAUUAUACAGAUAAGAAGGAUAGUAUAUAUUAUAAAGAUGAAAUAAUUCUACAGAAUAAUAAUAAGGUAUUAGAUGAGUCAUAUGAUAAGGAUAUUAACAAUGAACAUUCUAACAAUAUAUAUCAUAAUAAUAAUAUUAAGUGUGAAUCUUUGAAAUCUAAGAAUUAUAAUAUAAAUCAUUCAAAUGUUAACUAUAACAUAGAAGGAAAAUAUUUAAAAGGUGUUGUAGGAAUAAAUGAAGCAAAUGAAUAUUUGAACAAUCAAUUAAAUGUUCUAUUGAAAGAUAAGAAUGAAAUAAAUCAAAAUGAAAAUAAUAAUAUUGAUAGGAAUAAUUCUCAUAACAGCAUUAACAACAGUGAUUAUAGUUCAAAAGAAAAUCUUUAUAUUAAUAAAAAUGAUGAGAUACCUAUACAAUUUGAGAAUUCGUACACCUCUCAAAAAAUAUAUGAUAAAAAAAAAGAAAAUUUUAUGAUAGAUAAAUAUAUAGAUAAUUAUAGUGAUGAUAAGAAUAAAGGACCACAUUUUUAUGAGGAAAAUAUUAAUUUAUAUAGCAAGAAAUUAAGUGAUAUAAAAAUUAUAAAUGGGAAGAAUACUACAAAUAUGAUUAAUUCUCAUGAAGUAUUAUUAAAUAAAAAUUUAAAUAAAAGUAUAGAUAUACCUAAUCAGUUUAACGUUGAUGAAAAUAAUACUUCAACAUAUAUAAAAAAAAAGAAGAAUAUUGAUAAUAAUGGUAGUAUUAUAAGUACAAAUCAAAAUAAUACUAUAUAUAACAACAAUUAUGAUAUAUCUGUUGAUAAUAUAAAAAGAGAAUAUAUUGUUGAUAAUACAAGUAUACAUAACGUUUGCAGUUUAGAUAAUAUUAAAGAACAAAAUGUAUUAAAGAAGCCCGUUUUAAAUAUAAUAAGUGAUGAUGAGAAUACAAAUGAAAAUAAUAAAAAAGAUACAGUGGAAAACGGUAUACAACAUUGUAAUAAUAUAUAUACAAUGAAUGGUAUAAAAACAAAUAACUAUAUGAUGCAUAGUAUUACAAUGCCAAAUAUUUCUAAUACAAUAAAUGAUAAACAUAUGAUAUAUACAAAUAAGUUUAAUGAAAAAAAUAAAAUGAAUAUAUAUAAUCCUCAAGGUAAUCAAAUAAUGUUGGGAGAACAAGGAAAUUAUAAUAAUUUAUUUUAUAAUCCUAAUAUGGUAAAUAAUGGAAAUAUAAAAAGAAUUUUAUAUAAUAAAGCUCUUACUACUGCAAAUAUAGGUCACACACAUAACAACAACAACAACAACAAUAAUAAUAUUUAUAAUAAUAAUAAUAAUAUAUUAUAUAAUCAAAUGAAUAAUGAUGAAUAUAAGAAUAACAAAAUAAAUACUAUUGAUUAUCUAAAUAAAUAUAGAAAUAUGCCCAUGAAUAUUUCUACAGUAAAUAAAUCACAAUAUGCCAAUCUUCAAAAUGAUAAACUGAAUAAUAUAUGCAUACUUCCAGUGAACCCUAAUAUACAACAACAUCCAAUUAAUUAUAAUAUGAAUACUAAUUAUAUACCUAAUAAUAAUAUUAUUUAUAAUAAUAAAUUAUUUUAUGAUGAAUCUGGAAAAAUUUACAUAAGAGGUGAUGACAAGUCUUCUAAUAAUGGACCUCUGAUAUAA